AUGAUAAGGGAGCAUAGAAUACCUGCUGGCCCGCGACCGGCGAACCAGUCCCCGACCAGACUUAAUAGGGGAAUCCCAGACUCGAGAACCGACUCUCCCUCAAAGGGCUCUCUCGCCAGCGCUCCAAUGCUCAGUGCUUCUUCGGCCAACAACCCUUCUCUCUUUUCUUUCGGUCGGAAUGGCGCUACGAAUGAAGUAGGAGACUCGGCAACUUCUUACGAUUUUCUGCCUUCGGUCAGUUUCGACGACCUCCAGAGCAGUCUCGAGUCCGCCUCCAACGAUUUCAAAUUGACCCAGUUUCCGAUACCCACCGGGCAAGGCACCACUCUGGACGUUGGGAGCACGACCGACAAGAUGGCGGGGGCUUCAAACGCCGCCCAGAAUGGCUCAUCCGCGCGCGGCAGCAUCCCUCCUCCUGUCACGCGGACGGGGAGAUCUGGUUCCAUUCUGGGGCGGCCCGGCACCUCCAGCAGGCAACCGAGCAUUUCGUCCACUGCUUCUGGGCCUUCGUCUGUUGCAGAUGCAUCCACGGGCCCCUCGUCUGCGAGACCUCGGAGACAGAGCCAUUAUCCCCCAGUAUCUAAUACCAACAUUGCAAAACCCCCCAGGAAGUCUAUUGGUUCCGGUGUCGUUGAGACGGACUUUGGCAGUCGUACCGCGCAGCGGAGAAGACCAAGUCUGAUGGCUAACACUGGCGGUGCAACCGAUUUGACUCGGGCCUCGAUUGAUGCCGGUGCUGGCGUUGGGUUCGAGACCCCACGGAACCUCGCCAACAGCAGAGCCACCAAAGCUAAAUCGAUGCAUCAACCGCUCCCCCGGGCCAACACCGCCAAUCUGUCGACGCCAGACAGCACUCGCCUCUCGACCAUUUCCCCACGAUCCCCUCGAGGUGGUAGCAAAGGAAACAACAGCGGUUCGACGCAGUCAAGAAGGCAGUCCGUCAUGCCCGGAAUGCCGCACGCAUCGCACGCAAGCGGACUGGGUGCCAGGACUAUCAGUCCUACAGACACGCGGAGAAUGAAGCGCAUGUCCAUGCACCAACCUCCAAGUCUCAACCAGGCGGCCAACGCGCCGCCUCCUCCGCCGCUCGAGCAUCGAGAGCAUCGAGAGCACUCCAGAUCGCCGUCCAUGAUACCGCGAAAGGCGUCUGCCACACCGUCUUCGUCCCGAACGACCCCCGACAUCAACAGAAAAUCUUACAGCUCUGGCCUCUCCAUCACCUCGACCAACAGUUUCAAUACCGUUCGAACCUCGACAGGCUCCAUUCAACCCCGAGUCCCUGCCGCGGGAGGUGCGUCGCGGCUACCGGCACCAAAGUCAUCAACUACGCAUAAUCAUAACUCCCAUUCCGCCGAAGACGAAGAGGAGGUUCCGCCUGUGCCUGCUAUUCCGAAAGCGUACGAGUCACCACAGCAUUCGGCCACAGAGGCGUCGUUUUUGGACAAGCGGAAAGCCAAUCUCGCAGCCGACGCUAGCAGCAUCAAUAGUAACUCGACUGGCAGCUUCUCCAUCCCUUCGCUCCCCGAACCUGCUGUCACGGUGUCACGAAAGGCUAGUACCCGAAAGUCGACGAAUGCGGCCGCCCUGGACGCCGAAAAGAAGGGGAAUGUAUCAUCUCAAUCGAGAAGGAAUCCCCAGCCCGUGCGAUUGCCUCCAAUUACUGUUGGCCCGCUGAACCCUUCCACAAGCGCGAAAAUCGCAGCGCUGGGUCAAAAUGGUCCCGACAGAAACCUGAGCCCACCUCCAUCGCGCAUCAUCGCAAAGACGCCGACUACUCCCAUGACCGCGUCGAAGAGCUCUUUCUUCUCAAGAAACCGAACCGACGAAAAAUCCGACGUGCCAAACCUGCGAAGCAAUAGUACUGUGUACCAUACUCGGCUCGAUAGUGCAUCUGGCGCCGAAGGUACCAGCUCCUCCGAGUCGUUCGCGGCAGUGCCAGUACCGGUUCCGUUCAAGCCGACCAGAAAGCCUAGCGUGUCUCCGUUCCUAUCCUCCUCCGUGCCCAAGCCAGGUGCGGACCCCGCUUUCUUGAAGAGGUCGCAGACGGGCGACCUGGGAAGCACCACAGAACCCCUCGAAGUGAAGCCUCAUCUGAAGCCUUCUGGUCCCCGUGCCCAACGGGCUGUCAAGGGAAAGUCUCCCACGCCACCGGUCUCCGACCCGGAAGAGCCGCCCACUCCGUCCUCAAUGAGCUCUCUGCGUAGGAAGCUGAGCUUGUCUUGGAAGCGAAACACAUCCAAGAGCGAUUCCAAGGCCAACACUUCGGAAAAGGUAGUGGAACGCAGCAUUAGCAAAGAACAAAUGCCACCGCCUCGGUUGCCCAUUUCUGCGACAGUUGGCAAUCUGAGCUCGGCCAAGAAUAGCCCGAGCCCGUCGGUGAAGGCUAACAACUCGUAUCUCGAAUCACGGAGGAGGAAGAGCUCGGCCGCGAGCCUCGGCCAUGACAGAACCAAGAGUGAGAAUUGGACCUCAGCCUCCGUCCCAAAGACCCCUAGCGACUCCCACCCUCACAACCCGUCCGUCAUGCAAAAGAUUUUACGUCCGAAGGCUUCGACGACUACUAUGCGCCAACAUGAUCCGUGGACGGCCGAGCUCGACAAGGACGAUUUGGUUGCUGAGGACGAAAUGAAGAAGAUGGGCUCGAGACGCAAGGAGACGGAGAUCGCGGCUAGGACGCUCGACGCCCUAAGGAAGCGCGCGACGCCAAAGGAACGGGUUGGGGCUCAGGAAGCAAUUCGGAUCGCCAUGCUCAACAUUUACGAGCGCGGUGAGAUUGUCGACUACAACGACAUCUACUUUUGCGGGACACAAAACGCCCGCAAGGUGGUUGGUGACCUUCAGUCUGAUGCCCCCAAUUUUGGCUACGACGAUGAACGCGGAGACUACACGAUAGUUCCCGGGGACCAUCUAGCGUACCGUUACGAAAUCAUUGACAUUCUCGGAAAGGGAAGUUUCGGUCAGGUUGUCCGGUGCAUUGACCACAAGACAGGUGUGCUAGUGGCUGUCAAGAUCAUUCGCAACAAGAAGAGGUUUCAUCAGCAAGCUCUUGUCGAAGUCAACAUCCUGCAAAAGCUUCGCGAAUGGGACCCCAAAAACCGACAUAGCAUGGUCAACUUCACCCACAGCUUUUACUUCCGAGGGCACCUGUGCAUUUCGACCGAGCUCCUGGACAUGAACCUUUACGAAUUCAUCAAAGCAAACGCCUUCCGCGGGUUUUCUUUGAAGCUCAUUCGCCGUUUCACCAAGCAGAUGCUGAGCUCACUGAACCUGUUGAAGCAACACAAGGUCAUCCACUGCGAUCUCAAGCCCGAGAACAUCCUGCUUCGGCACCCGCUGCAUUCGGAGAUCAAGGUUAUUGACUUCGGCUCAAGCUGUUUCGAGAACGAGAAGGUGUACACCUACAUCCAGUCACGAUUCUACCGAUCGCCCGAAGUUAUCCUCGGCAUGACGUACGGUAUGCCCAUUGACAUGUGGAGUCUGGGAUGUAUUCUUGCCGAGCUCUACACGGGAGUGCCCAUUUUCCCUGGAGAGAACGAGCAAGAGCAACUGGCUUGCAUUAUGGAGGUGUUUGGACCCCCGGAGAAGCAUCUUAUCGAGAAGAGCACCCGCAAGAAGCUAUUCUUCGACUCGAUGGGCAAGCCGCGCCUGACGGUAUCCUCCAAGGGUCGCAGGCGCCGUCCGUCCUCCAAGACACUGCAGCAAGCCCUUAAGUGCGACGAUGAGGCAUUCCUUGAUUUCCUCGGAAAGUGUUUGCGCUGGGACCCUGACAGGCGCCUGAAGCCUGAGGAGGCCAUCCACCACGAAUUUGUCAGUGGCAAGAAGGUGACUGCUCCUUUGCCACGAGUCUCGACCACUCGUGACGCGUCGCCGGUCAAACGUCACACCGUCGCUGCACCGCGACCUCUUCCCGAACCUCCGGCCGCCGGUAUCAAGAACGGCAUUCGAUCGAGAGACGUCAGUGGUGCAAGCCCUCACAAGCCCGUUUCGGGGGCAUCAUCUCGCAGACCCUCUGUGGCUACCAGUGGGACAGUCCAUGUAGCCACAGCCAAACGGACCAGCACCGGCCAAGGCGGUGUCACAGCGGGUACCAGCAGUCUCCCCCGCGCUGCAAUUAGGACGGUCAGCGCCAAACAAGACUUGGCUUCUGCCGGAGCCACCGCGGCCAUGAGCCGAAGAGGACUGUGA